AAUCAGUGAGGGCCUCUUCAGCCCUGACUUCAGCUUCUCUGCUCAGUGUGACCAGAGCUUGGGUCAGAGAAACAAUGGAGUCUAACACAAUCCAACUGACAAGGAUGGACUAUGCUAUGAAGUCUCUCAGCCUUCUCUACCCCAGGUCACUGUCCAGGCAUGUAGCAGUGAGCACUGCGGUGGUGACCCAACAGCUGGUGUCUAAGCCCAGCCGGGAGACCCCCAGGGCAAGACCCUGUCGUGUUAGCACCGCAGAUCGGAAGGUUCGCAAAGGCAUCAUGGCCCACAGCUUGGAGGACCUCCUGGGCAAGGCCCAAGACAUCUUGAAGCUUAAAGACAAGCCCUUCUCCCUGGUGUUAGAGGAAGAUGGCACAAUCGUGGAGACAGAAGAAUACUUCCAAGCCCUACCAAGAGAUACGGUGUUCAUGGUCCUGCAGAAGGGGCAGAAGUGGAAGUCCCCAUCAGAACAGCGCAAGAAGAAAGCCCAGCUAUCCCUUUCCCAGAAGCCAACUAAGAAGAUCGAUGUGGCCCGGGUAACCUUCGACCUGUACAAGCUGAACCCUCAGGACUUCAUCGGCUGCCUGAACGUGAAGGCAACCCUCUAUGACACAUACUCGCUUUCAUAUGACCUGCACUGCUACAGGGCCAAACGCAUCGUGAAGGAAAUGCUCCGCUGGACUCUCUUCAGUAUGCAAGCCACAGGCCACAUGCUGCUUGGCACCUCCAGUUACAUGCAGCAGUUCCUGGAUGCCACUGAGGAAGAACAGCCCUCCAAGGCCAAGGCCUCCCUCCUCCCUGCCUGUCUGAAGAUGCUGCAAUGAAGACCCCAGUCCUCCUCGGCCACAGAUGUGACUGGGGACCCUGCGCUCUGCUAGUAGCACCCACGAGCCUGGCAGCUGGAGAGCUUCUCACCCGCCUACACCUCUCUCACAGCACAGCAUCAAGGACAUCGCAGGAAGGGCUGGUCCCAGGGGGACUUCCUGGCCUGCCUCAGUUCCUUCCGUUCUAUCUCACGUAGCUUAGAGGACCAACACUUGCCCCUGGCAGGCACCAAGUCUGCCCCUGUGUCGCCAUGUGCUAUCCUCCGUGCCACUCCCUCCUUGGUGCUCCUCGGUGUCCGGCUGCCUACAUUCAUCAUGCAGCAGACAUCGCUAUGGUGGCCUCCAUCAUACCUUGGCCCCAGUCAAGGCAGCAAAACGAACAACGUGCCACGGCACCAGCCAUGCCUAUGGCUAUGGUACCAGAGCGGUUAGCACUCCGUAGUAGAGGAAAAGGAGGGGGGGCCUCGGGGGUUCUCUCACCUGGGAUUCCAAUUACUCCCUCCAAGCCCCCGCUACACAUGAUCAUGAGGUGUGCCGGGAGGGGUUAGAGGUAGAGUUAAGUGAUGCAGAUUUGGGGGGUCCUGACCUGUGCCAGCCAGGGAGGAACUUUUAGGGAACGCAGAUGAAUCUGCUUCACCCAGGCCCCCCAUAAGAAACCCAGUAAGCUCAUAGGUUCACCAAGCUGGACUUGGAUGGAAUGUGGCUUUGCCUGUCAUUCAUGCCCUUCCUGAACUGAAUGGACAUAGUUCAUGAUCUCCAGGGAAAGUCACACAGUCGCCUCUCCUGUUCUCAUUUUCCACUAACGAAUGAACAGCAUUAGAGUCUGCGGUAAAUUAUUUAUGCUGACACCUCA